AUGAGUGACGUUGCGGCGAUUAUCAACCUCGUCAACAAAUUUGCACUCGCCUAUUCGUUAGAGGACGCCGGCGCGUCAGUCAAGACGUUGUUAUCACUCUUCACGGAUGACGCCACGUUCUUUGAAGAACUUGUGGGUGGGAACUGCACGGGCAAGAGCGAGAUCGAGGCGGCUCUGCAGGAAUUGGCCAAGCUCACGUUCGUAACUGAGACGCGUCAUCUACCCAGUGGACAUGUCGUGGACCUCGUGGAUGCUGAGAAUGCCACAGUGUCAAGCCACACCACGGUCUUUUGGAAGUGCACGCCCGUCAUGGUCGUCACAUGGACGGACGUGCUGGUCAAGCGUGACGGGCAAUGGUUUUUUCAGAAGAGAGCAGCUGAUGCUGUCCAGAAGAAUCUCGAGAUGAUUGGAGAGAUGCAGCUUCGUGGUAAGAAGCAGUACUCCCACAAGGACGAAGCUUGA